AUGAAUGAAGAGCAAAUCAGACUACUUUUGGAGGAAGAAAAUUCGACUUCUGAUUAUGAGGAUGAAAAUGACAGCGACGUUGAAGACUUUGUUGCAGGAGAUGUAGAAAGUUAUGAUACCGAGCAAGAAGAUGAUGAAGAAUGCGACGAGGAGUUGAAUGAGAUAGAUGAUAGAGAAUUUUAUCUUGGUAAAGAUGGACACACUAGGUGGAAUAAAGAUGCUCCGUCAAAUCGUGUACUUUUUAAUAUUAUAAUGAAUGAAGAGCAAAUCAGACUACUUUUGGAGGAAGAAAAUUCGACUUCUGAUUAUGAGGAUGAAAAUGACAGCGACGUUGAAGACUUUGUUGCAGGAGAUGUAGAAAGUUAUGAUACCGAGCAAGAAGAUGAUGAAGAAUGCGACGAGGAGUUGAAUGAGAUAGAUGAUAGAGAAUUUUAUCUUGAUGCCAAAAUGUUUUAUACCUCGAAAAUGGAAGUUUACGUACGAAAGCAACCUAGUGGCCCAUAUGAAGUUGAUAACUCGUCCAUGGAAUUAGUUGUACGACUAAGCGAAAAUUUAGAUACACAAGUAGUUAUAAGAAAAAUGAAUCAAUAG